AGUGGGUUUCCAUCUUUCCGACAGACCUUGAAAGCAGCAGCAGAGCUCAUCUGUUGGACAGGGAAACUAAUCAGGAGCGAAGUAAGACUUUUCUGUACUGCUAGCUUCUAGGCUAGCGAGCUUUUUAAAGUCAGCCGUCCAGACAAACAAGGAGCAGAGCCUUUUAAUGACGUACAGUGUCUUUUCUGUACACAUUUCAGUGUCGAGCUAUGCUUUAGUUAACCUGUUUUGUUACUGCGCUGAAAGUACCGAGGCGGACAGCCUCUGGCCAGCUGAAGCUUGCGGCUAGCUCAUUAACGUUAGCUGGGAAAUAAGUGCAAGUGGAGGCGAGAAAAUGGAGCUGGACGAGGUAGUCCUGUAUCAGGACGAGUCUGGGAACUCUACCAUGAUGUCCGAGCGAGUCUCGGGUCUGGCGAGUUCGAUAUACCGUGAGUUUGAACGGCUAAUCGAGAAAUAUGACGAGGACGUAGUGAAGGAGCUGAUGCCGCUGGUCGUCGCAGUCCUGGAGAACUUGGACUCGGUGUUCGCUGUCAACCAGGAGCACGAAGUGGAGCUGGAGCUGCUGAAGGAGGACAACGAGCAACUUGUUACCCAGUAUGAGAGAGAGAAGGCUCUGAGGAAGCACGCCGAAGAGAGGUACAUCGCCUUCGAAGACUCCCAGGACGGAGAGAAGAAGGACCUCCAGUGUCGGCUGGUGACGUUGGAGUCACACACGCGCCAGCUAGAGCUAAAAACAAAGAACUAUGCAGAUCAAAUCAGCAGAUUGGAGGAGAGAGAAGCUGAGCUCAGGAAGGAGUACAACACUCUCCAUCAGAGACACACUGAGAUGAUCCACAGCUACAUGGAGCAUCUGGAGAGAACCAAACACCAGCAUGCAGUAACCCCAGCAGAACCUCCAGACACAGGCACAGGCACAUCAGUAAGGACAAGGAAAGAGCGUCCCAUCUCCAUGGGCAUAUUCCAACUUCCUGGGACAGAUGGUAUAACCCCUGACCUCCAGAGGGAACCUGUGGACACUUCCUCUGAGCCAUGGAGAUUCAACAACCUUAGUCAUCCACGGUCCAACACCAGCCUCAAGACCAUUGAUAGCCCUCAGCCUGAGGAACAGUUCUAUCCAAUCAGAAUGGAAGAUGAAAGUGUGGAGGAGGUUUUUCUCAGUCAGGAGGCUGAUCAGGACCAGGAUGAACUGGCGGGUGCUAACCGGGGCGGCUCCAAGUCCAGUACUCCCACUAACCAAGGAAGCAUCUCCAGAAGCGGAGAAUCCAAAUCCAACAUGUCCUCUCAGGGUGGAACCACUAAAUCAAACAGCGCUAACUCUCAGUCAGCAACACCUCUGUCCCCUCACGGUGGGGAGUCUACUGGAAGGAGCGCCGGCGGUGGGUCCACUGCUGUGACCCCGUCUACUGAUGCCUCUGAUGUCGCCAUGGAGUCGGUGGACACCCCCCUCCAGGAGCAGGAAUUUUCAGACGGGCUCAAUAAGAACCUGGACAGGAACAGUGGGAAACCAGAGAGCAGUAAAAACAUUGCAGUGCAAGAAGGACAGCUGGAUGGAGCGGAUGACCUAGAGAAGUCUGAGGUGCAGGCCAUCAUUGAGUCCACGCCUGAGCUGGACAUGGAUCUAGGCUGCAGAGGGACAAGCACUCCAACUAAAGGUGGAAUAGAGAAUCUGGCGUUUGACCGAAACACUGAGUCAUUGUUUGAGGAGCUGUCGUCGGCAGGAAACGACCUGAUUGGAGAUGUGGACGAGGGGGCAGAUCUGCUGGGUAUGGGCCGGGAAGUGGAACAUCUUAUCCAAGAGAACACCCAACUGCUGGAGACCAAAAACGCUUUGAAUGUGGUGAAAAACGACCUGAUAGCCCGCGUGGAUGAGCUGGCCUGUGAGAAAGAGGUUCUGCGUGGGGAGCUGGAAGCUGUCACUCAGUCCAAGACCAAACUAGAAGAGAGGAACAAAGAGUUAGAAGAAGAACUCAAGAAGGUUCGAGCAGAGCUUGAAGAAACCAAACAGAAGGUCAAGAAUGACAAUGAGGACGAUAGCGACGUGCCAACAGCACAGAGGAAACGCUUCACCAGGGUUGAGAUGGCCCGAGUGCUGAUGGAGAGAAACCAGUACAAGGAGAGGCUGAUGGAGCUGCAGGAGGCUGUCAGAUGGACAGAAAUGAUCAGGGCUUCAAAGGAGAACCCAGCUCUACCAGAGAAGAAGAAAUCCAGCCUCUGGCAGUUGAGUUUCAGCCGUUUGUUUAGCUCGUCGGGCGGGGCGGCCAAGAAGCCGGCGGUGGAGGCUCCAGUGAACGUCAAGUACAACGCGCCGACCUCUCAGAUUCAGCCGUCCGUCAAGAAGAGGAGCAGCACUCUGCAGCAGCUGCCCAGCGACAAGAGCAAAGCCUUUGAUUUCCUCAAUGAGGAAGCGGCAGCAGAUAACGUGGUGUCCAGGAGAGAGCAGAAGAGGGCUCAGUACCAGCAGGUCAAAGCUCACGUCCAGAAGGAGGAUGGCAGAGUGCAAGCAUACGGCUGGAGUCUCCCUAAGAAAUACAAAGCUAAUGGUGGUCAGGCAGAGGGUAAACUAAAGAAUCUACCUGUACCCGUCUUCCUCAGACCACUGGAUGAGAAAGAUGCUUCUAUGAAGCUGUGGUGUGCUGCUGGUGUGAACCUCUCUGGAGGAAAAACCAGAGAUGGCGGUUCCAUCGUGGGAGCCAGCGUCUUUUACAGUGACGUACCCGGACCAGAGAGCCCUAAAAAGAAAAUCGGAUCUCAGAGCAGCCUGGACAAACUAGAUCAGGAACUCAAGGAGCAGCAGAAGGAGUUGCGGCAGCAGGAAGAGUUGUCGUCACUGGUUUGGAUCUGCACCAGCACACAGUCCACUACUAAAGCUGUCGUAAUAGAUGCAAACCAGCCUGGAAAUAUUCUGGAGAGCUUUUUUGUAUGCAACUCCCACGUCCUCUGCAUCGCCAGCGUACCAGGUGCCAGAGAGACAGACUACCCUGCUGGGGAGGAAGUAGCUCCAAACUCUGAGGCAGAACCAGCAGGAGAAGGCAGCGCACAACCAAUCAAUAACAGCUCAGCAGGGGCAGAUGGCGUGCUGGGAGGCAUCACUGUAGUUGGCUGUGACACUGAGGGAGCAUCAGCAGUUCCUCAGACUGCAGUCAGUCCAGAAUCCAAACCAGCAGAGGAAGCCACCGAAGCGACGGAGGCCAGCUCAGGUUCUGCAGACCAAAGAGAGAGCCUGAGAGGAGUCUACACCGAGCACGUCUUCACUGAUCCUCUCGGAGCUCAGCAGACAGCAGAGGCUCCGGCCAACUACUCUCAGAGGGAGAGUGAUCUGCUGAAAGACGGGGUGAGCUCAAACCCCAGCGCAGAGGAGCAGGACCUGAUGAGAGAAGAGGCUCAGAAAAUGAGCAGUGUUCAGCCCACUAUGUGGCUGGGUGCACAGAACGGAUGUGUGUACGUCCACUCCUCUGUGGCUCAGUGGAAGAAGUGCCUGCAUUCGAUAAAGCUGAAGGACUCAGUGCUGGGCAUAGUACAUGUAAAAGGCCGCGUGCUGGUGGGCCUCUCUGAUGGCACCUUGGCAAUAUUCCACAGAGGAGAUGAUGGACAGUGGGACCUCACCAACUACCACUUACUAGACUUGGGCAGACCACAUCACUCCAUCCGCUGCAUGACUGUAGUUCAUGACAAGGUGUGGUGUGGCUACAGGAACAAGAUCUAUGUGGUGCAGCCCAAAGCAAUGAAGAUAGAGAAAUCAUUCGAUGCCCACCCUCGUAAGGACAGUCAGGUACGUCAGCUGGCCUGGGAUGGCGAUGGUAUCUGGGUCUCCAUCAGACUGGACUCCACUCUCAGGCUGUUCCACGCUCACACCUUCCAGCACCUUCAGGACGUCGACAUUGAGCCCUACGUCAGCAAGAUGCUCGGUACGGGGAAACUGGGCUUUUCAUUUGUGAGGAUCACAGCCCUCAUGGUGUCAUGUAGCCGUCUCUGGAUCGGCACUGGGAACGGUGUCAUCAUCUCCAUCCCUCUGACAGACACCAACAAGGCAACCAAGGCAGCAGGAAACCAUCCAGGAAGUGUAGUUCGAGUCUACGGUGAUGAUACGUCUGACAAAGUGACACCUGGGACGUUCAUCCCAUACUGCUCCAUGGCUCACGCUCAGCUCUGCUUCCACGGUCACAGAGACGCUGUCAAGUUCUUCACCGCUGUCCCAGGUCAUGCUGUCCCAUCUGCGUCCUGUGGAGGGGAAGCAGCAGGGGACAAAGCGACAGAUGCUGCAGCUCAGGAUGGAACCAAGUCUAUGUUGGUGAUGAGCGGAGGAGAAGGAUACAUUGACUUUAGGAUGGGUGAUGAGGAUGGCGAGGGGGAGGAUGGAGAGGAGGCCCGCAUGAAACUGCAGCCCUUCCUAGCUAAAGCGGAGCGCAGCCACCUCAUCGUCUGGCAGAUAAUGGCCAGCGAGGACUGAACUCUGACCUCAGACCCCCUGGGGACAGAUUUGCCUUUUUCUCUCGCCUCGGAGGAGUUCAUGCGGACGACUCUGCUCUGCAGGCACGAGUUUAAUCAGCACUUUUAUCUUCCUCAAACAUGAACAGAAAGAAACAAGCAAAAACUGCUCUAAGAGCACUCAGUAAUAAGACUGGAGCAGUGCUGACAGACACAAACACUGCAUGACGUUGGUUUGUUAUGGGUUGUUUUGUUGUAUGUUUUUUUAAUUUUAUGAAUUUCAUCCUGUUAUAUUGCCUAUUUCUCUUUUAAUAUUAUUUGAUGUUAAGCUGUUAUGAAAACAGAUAUUUUGUUUAUUUUUGUCUGGCAAAUACAAUGAACUUUCUUCC